AGGAGUUGGUGUCACUGAAACAAGAGGGAGUCAAUGACGAGGAUGGAAUAGCAGGCAUCUUUUGCAGACCCCUUUUUGAAUAACACUUGUGCCUUCAGAUAUUGUUACUGUAAAGGUUUUGGAUAUUUGAUUUUCUGUACUUUUUUUUUUAAUGCACAUUUCUCUGGAUGUGUGGCUUGUGAAAUUAUACAAGGGGUGAUGGAGGCUUGAGAAUGCAGCAGAACUGAAAGACUGUUCUCUGCUACAGAAACCGCUCCUCUGUAAAACCACAGUUUAGCUGAUUAACAUUUGAAUUCUGAAUUUUUUUUUUUUUUUUUUUUUUUUUUUAAAUCCAUGUGACCGUGCUUUGUGUUUUUACUGUGAACGAAUUUUAAUAUUACAGAUCAGAUAACUGAAUAUCAAUGAACAAGGAGGGGAAGAAAAUAGUGUCCAUUCAGUAAGCUGGGAAUCGCUUUUGCAUUUUUCUUGCUUGGGGAUGCGAAUGUAGGAGGUGUCCGUUUUGGAAAGUAAAUACCACAGGGGUGUUGUGAAAGAACACGGAGCAGUAUAUUCUUUCUGACCGCCUGGAUACAAGGGUCAUUUGGAGAUCAAAGAAAACAGUCGGUCUCUCAAACCCUCAAAUUAAAAUAGCUGCUAGGGAAUUCGUAUUUAAACACUUAAAAAAAAAAAUCAAACACAAAUUGAUCUGAAUACUCAUUGAAAGACCAACUUCACUACGAGUCCGACCAAGAUACAUUACGAAUGCUGAGCUACAUCUAAAAAUAUAUGAGCUUUUAUUUUUCAGUGUAAUGAAAGAAAUAGAUCUGGGUCUCUCCUGAAAGCUGCCCGCCUGAUUACAGCACGGAGCUUGGUUAAAACAGCAAUGUUUUGCUGAAGCCAGCAACUGAAUCUCGACAACAUCACCGCCCUUGUCAAAGAUCAACAGAGGCGCAAGAAAAAAACAAACAAAAAAAACAAAAAAAAACAGUAACAACCAUAAAACAGAAAAAUCUUUCCCACAGCGAAGCUACACAGACGCCUCACCGACUUGUCAGGCAAACAUGGGGGAGCAGCCCAUCUACAGCACACGCGCUCACGUCUUCCAAAUCGACCCCAGCACCAAGAAGAACUGGGUCCCGACCAGCAAGCACGCAGUGACCGUGUCCUACUUCUACGACAGCACAAGGAACGUCUACAGGAUAAUCAGCCUGGACGGGGCGAAGGCAAUAAUAAACAGCACCAUCACUCCGAACAUGACUUUCACGAAGACCUCCCAGAAGUUUGGCCAGUGGGCAGACAGCAGAGCUAACACUGUCUAUGGGCUGGGAUUCUCAUCAGAACACCAUCUUGUGAAGUUUUCAGAAAAGUUUUCGGAGUUUAAGGAAGCUGCCAGGUUAGCGAAGGAGAAGUCUCAAGAGAAGAUGGAGCUGACCAGCACUCCCUCUCAGGAGUCUGCCCCAGGGGAUAUUCAGUCACCUCUAACCCCCGAAAGCAUCAAUGGGACAGAUGAUGAGAGGGCCACUCCAGACGUGACCCAGAACUCGGAACUGCAAGCUGAACCUACCCAGAAUGCACUGUCCUUCACGCACAGGAACAUCAAUGGAGCUGUACCCACCAUACUGACACACAUGCACCUUGUCUCACCAAACCAAGAGGGCAGCAGCUCUGCAAUCAAUAAGCACUGGGAGGCGGAGCUGGCGGUUCUCAAGGGAAACAACGCCAAGCUGACAGCGGCGCUCCUCGAGUCCACGGGCAACGUGAAGCAGUGGAAACAGCAGCUCGCCGCCUACCAGGACGAGGCCGAGAGGCUACAUAAAAGGGUGACUGAGCUGGAGUGUGUGAGCAGUCAAGCAAAUGCAAUCAAAUCUCACAAGACAGAGUUAAACCAAACAAUAGAAGAACUGGAGUCAACAUUAAAAGCAAAGGAAGAGGAAAUCGAGAGGUUGAGAGAGGAAAUGGAACAUGCCCGACAGCUGCAGACUCAGAGAGACACUCUCACGCAGAAGCUUCAGGAAACAGAAACGAGGAACGCAGACCUGGGGGGACAGCUGACGGAGCUGGGGCAGCGGCUGGAGAACAGCCAAAUGCAGCAGGAGAGCUUCCGCAACAAUUUAAAAACACUGCUCGAGAUCCUAGACGGCAAAAUCUUUGAACUGACCGAGCUGCGGGAUAGCCUGGCCAAGCUCAUAGAAUGCAGCUAAAGCGUGGCUGUUCUUUAGUUUGACCGUCUCUGUAAUGUGAACGCCAUGCUGGUGCCCACAGGAGUUCUUCCUUCUUUCCUUCCUUCCUUCUUCAUCCACCUGGAAGAUAGAAAGUAUUAUUUGAAGUAUAAAAUACGACGAUAAUGAUGAUGCUGAUAAAAAAAAAACUUUUUUUUAUAGCAUUCCAUGUUAUUGAGAAAUAUGUGGUCUGCUUUUCACUUCCAUUUCGAGCAGAUGGCACACCAUGCUUUGUGCUUCAACCUCAGGACAAAGCAUGAUGGUGAGCACUCUCUUCAUUUAUUAUUAUAAAUAUUAUUUUUACACUACUAUUGUUUAGACAUAAAAAUUGACCUUACCAACAAAAAGAUAUGGCAGCUGACUUUACCUUCAGUUUAUUUUUUGGUUCCCCUUACAAUCUUUGAGGUAAGGAAGUCUUUGGUUUUCAAAAGUUUCAAAGUUGUAUGGUGUGGUUUUGUAGACAAGUUACUUUAUUCAGUGUGUGCAGGAAGAUUACUACAGUACAGCCCUGACCGGCUUUCCUCUCUGUAGAACUACCUAGCCUCUUGACCUGUAUCCCAGGUGUGAAAGGGGGGUCCCAGUAUUCAAUUUAAUAAAGGGUUAUGUGGCUUGAAUAUGAGGGCAAGGCCUGCGCUGAGCCCCUGUAUACACAGCACAGAGCAAUACUGGAGGAGCCUCGGGAGACCACUGAAAUCACACAAUCAGGUAUUCCAUACUUCUUUAUUUUCCGAAUGAUCUGGAAAAGGACCAGAAAUGGUGGCCCUGCACACUGUAGGAAGCUGCCCACGCUGUCUUUUCUUUCUUUCUUUUUCAACAGCUUUGUACUCUACUUGGAAACUUCAAUCAUACCGGACUGUUUGGUUAAAUCUAUAAAUGUUUUUGCCUUUUUUUUUUGUGCAAUGGUAAAUUUGAGGUUAUUAUUUGGUUAUCUUCAUUUGUAAAAUUUUUCUUCAUUUUAUUUUGGAAUAUUUUCUUUCUUUUUUAACUUAUGGUACUUGGGUAUUUAUUAUGAUUGUAUUUUUUAGGUGUAUAAACCUGGCAAUAUUUUGAACUGUUUUCAGAAACCAGCAGCUUGUGUUGGUCUUAUCUGAAAUUAAAGACUUUGAAAUGAUGCAAUUUAAAGAUUAAGAAGAACUGAUUUGCCAAAUAUGUUUCUGUAUAGAAUAUUUAUAAAAUAUGUCUUUGGUAUGAAGAAGCUUCAUGACGAGCUUCCUAGGGACUGUUUGCAGAGUUUAUUAUUGCCAAAAGAAAUCUGUAUAAUGAUGUAAAAACAAUGGGAGACACUAGUCAAGGGCUUGUGGUUCGACCUUUUUAAUUUGGUGAAACACCUGAUUGGGCUAAGGGUUUACCUUUUACUCUCAGAUGUUUUAAGCAUUAAUGUAGAAAUGCUAAAAAGGAAUAUUGUUUGAGUAAUAACUUUUAAUGUUCAUAUACCUUGUGCUUAAAACAAAUCGGAAGUUUACAGUUCAAAUGGGCUGUGAUCCCGUUCUGUAGUUCUCCCCAGACUUCUAUACCCGGUAGGUCAGAUGGUUUUGCAUAUUUCUCUGCAGUUCAACAGCUGGAAAAGCUACAGUGAAUUGAGAGCCCUUUCUUGGCUUCAGCGGACCGUAGCUACUGCAAAGAACAGAUACCAGCAGGGACAGCAGUGAAGCUACUGACCUAUCAAAAGCAGAGGUCUAAAGUCUCAACAUUAUGCUUAACUUGUUCAAUUCAAACAAGUUACAAACACAGGUUUUAUUUUGAAAUACAGUGACAAUAUUCUACAGAAAAAAAUGUUUUGUC